GAGUCUCUUCUUCAAGGAAACCGUAGUAGAAGAAAUUCCAGGAAGUUGUGCAAUCGUUCUGCGUUGUAUAAAGAUAUGAAGUAAAAAUAUUAAGUAUUUUUUUUAUUGCUAAACAGCGUAUUAUAGAGUGGACCCAGCGUGAGGAAAUGAAAUGCCUUUGUUAAUCCAAAAUAGAGGAGUAGAUCGCUUUAACGCGACAGCGGAUCUGUUCGACAAAUAUCCACAUUUGCAGGAAAAUGCAAGAACAUUUCACUCCAAGCCAAUUGUUGCUGUCGACCCAAAGUGCCUCUUAUAUGUCCAACAACGAGAAUUUGCUGCAACAACACCAGCAGACAAUUGUGUUUCAGUGAUUGGAUCUGAUGAUGCCACCACCUGCCAUUUGGUUGUGCUGCGACACACUGGAAGUGGAGCCGUUUGCCUGGCUCACUGCGACGGUUCCAGCACUUGGUCUGAAAUCCCACUCCUUGUGAAAGCGGUCAUGUCACUGAGCGAUGUCAGUCAAGAGGGCAGACUCGAGCUCCAUCUUGUCGGGGGGUUUAACGAUGAGUCAAACACAUCCCAUAAACUUAGCCAUAACAUUCUUGCAGCAUUUCAGAAACAGAAAGAGGAAAUUCACCUGGAGACAUGUUGCAUCACAGGUAAUGCCGAUGCUUUUUUAUUGAUAUUUUUGCUUAAAAAUACACUAACAAUCAUCCAAUUCAUGCUUCUUUUCUCUGUUGCAGAAUUGAACGACGUUGUUGUUGAUGAGACUCAUAGACCCAUUGUGUAUGGAAUAAGUGUCAAUGUUAAAACAGGGGAAGUGUUCCCUUCAUCAUUCCCUUAUAAAGGACCUGCAGAGGAGCUGCGAUCAGCACGGACUUUCACUGGCGGACAGAUGGCCGACAUCUACGACUCAAGUCGGGGACUUGUAAAAGUUGGGCCCUGCAAGUGGUCUCCAAAUCUGGAUAUUGCCUUCUGGUUGUCACAAAAUGAUGACACGAUUUUAAGGUACCUGUCCACCUCUCCCAUGGCUGAACCGCCUCACUUCGUCCAGCACAUGAAGUCCACCAUCCGGUUCCUUUUAGAGCACCCCAACCCAGACUGCCUGUUUCCUGGGGAUCAACCGCAACUCUACCACAGGACUGAGACGGGGGACUGGGAGAGGAUGGUCCACUCGUAGAGGCCUGUUCCUCUUUUUUUUUUUUCUUUUUUAACCUUAACAUGGAACCAAACUGCUUUUUGCCUCUCAGUGCUUUAGAUACACUGCAUCCCUUCCACCUUUUUAUUACGACCACGUCUUUUUAUUAUUAUUAUCAUGAUUAUUCAUUGUGUCUUAAGAGCGCAAGGUGGUUCAAAGUCUGCACCUUAUACUUCUUGCUGUGUUGCUGUAUGUCAAGAUCAAUAUCAAAGCACUGAUCCUUAUUGAAACAAGUCUGAAAUUAAGAAAGGUAAAUGAAUGUUUCUACUUGGGAAAUAUAUGCAUGAGUUGUACUUAAUAGGCUGAAGCAGUUACAGAUAAACAUCUCUGUGGCUCUUAAAAACAGAGUGAGGAACUUUCAUUUUGGCACCUUGGUUAAAACAGAUUAACUGCAUUGUCGAGGAGUUGGGGAAAAAAAAAAGUUUAUUUUUCCUUCCAAUUGCACCUUUGUAAUAAGUGAAGUGGAAUUUGAUUCACCAUCACAUACAAUAGAUGUUGUAUAUAAUGCUGUGUACGUGUAUGUUUCAGAAAAUUGCAUGUGUUCAUAAUUUACAACAGCCUUUUUUUUCUGUUUCAAACAGUUGAUGCCUUUUAAUGAAUUGUGCAUAUUGUAAAGGUUGCAUGGUGCUUAAAGCAUUCAGUGAAACUCUGUAUCUGUCAUUAAAUAGAAUGCAGUAAAUCGAGUUUCACUUGUCGAGUGAAUGGAGUCGGUGGGGAGAGAGCAUGAUGAGAUGUUGGUAACACUGACUACUCUCACUCAGCUCGUUACAUUAAUGUUUACUCAAUGUUUGGACACAUAAACUUUGUCUGACUUUGCUGUGAUAAAUGUCCUAAAUUCAAUUAAACUUAAUUUGUAUAGCGGCAAAUCACAAAA